UCUUUUUCUUUUUUUACCCUCCGCUUUUUUUGCUUUUGUUUUGCUGUUAUUCACAAUAGCCAUGAUCACUGAGAAAGUGCUUCUCUUUAAACUUAACAACUCAUCUUCUCUCUAUAACGGUGGAGAUGUCAGAGGAGGAGCAUCAGAGUUGUGUCCAUGAUGUCAUGAAUAUUCAAACCAAGUCCGAGAAUUUCGACCCGGCUGGUGUUUCUCAUGCACCCGGGAUAAGGAAAGUGAGUUCCAGAGCUGAGAUUGAUACUUCUCCUCCAUUCGGCUCGGUUCAGGAGGCAGUGACUUGGUUCGGUGGUCGUGGCUAUUGGGUUCCUUUCAAGCUUCAAGACAAUUACAAUGGUGUGGGAGAAUUUAAUAUAAAGAGGAUGGAAGAGCAUGCAGCAGAGCUAGAGAAGGAUCUGAUAGUGAAAGAGCUAGAAACUCUAGAUGUUCUAGAAGCACUUGGAUCAACUAAGAUGAUUGUUGAAGACUUGAAGCGGCAGCUUCAUCAAGAAUCCUUGAGAUCAGCUGAGAAUCUCAGUUCAGACAUCAAAGAGAUGAACAAUGAGCAUUGCAAUCACAACCCCAUAUCAUCUCCCGAUCUGAUCUUAAUGGAACUGAAGCAAGCCAAGAUAAAUCUUAGUAAAACCAUGGAUGAUCUUGUGAUGAUCCAGUCCUCUGUUGAGUCUCUGAACAAGAAAAUGAAGGAAGAGAAAGAGUUUCUUGACAAGACAAGAGAGAAGCUCACGUAUGGGUUUGGAGGAGCGGUGUCUCUAGCUGAGGAGCUGAGUAGAGUUAGGGUGAAACCAGAUGAAACACCAAGAGAACAUGUGAAGAUGGUCGCUGAAACGGGUCUUAACCAACAGAACAAGAACUGUCUGAGAACUGCGGAGAUGAGACUGGUUGCUGCUAGAAAAAUGGAAGAAGCUGCAAGAGCUGCGGAAGCACUAGCCAUUGCUGAGAUAGCAAUGUUAUCAUCAUUACAAUCAAACGAUGAAAGCGAGUUUUUCUUUCCAGAGCCUCCAAGUUCUCCCUUAACACCAAGAGGACUAAGGAAUGUUACUGAUAGCUCAAGAAGUGGGGUCUUGAAGAAGCUUGAGGAAGCUACACAAGGAGUUAAACAAAGUAAACAAGAUCUAGAAGCUGCGUUAAACCGUGUAGAGAUUGCUAACGUGAAGCAACUCGCAGCUGAAAACGCUUUCCGCGGGUGGACAAAACACACACCUACGAGUCAAACCCGACGCUCUUUUUUCAGACAUCUGAAUAGGCAGCAUGAGCCAGUUCUAAAGUCUAAUGUCUCGAUGCGUGAUGUUCUGAGGCGUAAGCAAGUUCCGAAGGAAGAGGUUGUUGUCUCCGAGAGGCAGAGUCUUGAAGGACAAAGGCGGAAUGUGAAUUUGAGUCAAAUGCUGAGGGAGCUGAAGCAUGAUAUUAAGUCUUCGGUACGAGGUGAGAAAGAGGAGGUACGUGAAGAUAAACAGUUUGUCACGCAGAGGAGAAAGUUUGGGUUCAUACACAUUACGCUUCCCAUGCAGAAACAGAGUAAGAAGAAAACUAGCGUUUAAUAAGACUGCAACUUACAACUACUUCUAGUUUGUUCCUUUAUGUGUUUGUUUGUAAUUGGAUUUUCUUUUGGUAUGUUGUGUUGUGAUAGCUUUUAUGUGUUUGUAUUUAUAUUCAUGAGAAUAAAUAUACAACUAGUCAUAAAUAAAACA